GCCGCCGCAGGACGCAGGGAACCCGACUGGCGAGCGGCGGCGGCGGCGGCGGCGGCGGCGGUGGCGGUUCUCGGCAAGGGCGACGGCUUGGUGGCCGAGCGGCUGUCCGACGCGGACUUCGGUGCCCUCCUCCGCAUGCGCCCGUCGUGAUCGAUUUUGUACCUUUUCCACGUUUGAAAAUGGUGAAACUCGAUAUUCAUACUUUGGCCCAUCACCUCAAGCAGGAGCGCUUAUAUGUAAACUCUGAGAAACAGCUCAUUCAGAGGCUCAAUGCAGAUGUACUUAAGACAGCUGAAAAGUUGUAUCGUACAGCAUGGAUUGCAAAGCAACAGAGAAUUAAUUUGGAUCGGCUUAUCAUAACCAGUGCUGAAGCUUCCCCUGCUGAAUGUUGCCAGCAUGCCAAGAUUUUGGAAGAUACACAGUUUGUUGAUGGUUAUAAGCAGUUGGGAUUUCAGGAGACUGCUUAUGGAGAAUUCUUGAGUCGACUAAGGGAAAAUCCUCGUCUUAUUGCCUCCUCUUUGGUUGCUGGAGAAAAACUUAAUCAGGAGAACACACAAAGUGUUAUUUACACAGUUUUUACCUCCCUGUAUGGCAACUGUAUCAUGCAAGAAGAUGAAAGCUACCUCCUUCAGGUUUUGCGAUACUUGAUUGAAUUUGAACUUAAAGAAAGUGACAACCCCAGGCGACUUUUGAGGAGAGGAACCUGUGCCUUCAGCAUCUUAUUUAAACUUUUUUCUGAGGGACUCUUUUCUGCCAAACUUUUCCUCACAGCUACUUUACAUGAGCCAAUCAUGCAACUGCUUGUCGAAGAUGAAGAUCACCUGGAAACAGAUCCAAACAAGUUAAUUGAGAGAUUCUCCCCAUAUCAACAGGAAAAACUCUUUGGAGAGAAAGGCUCAGAUAGAUUUAGGCAAAAGGUUCAAGAGAUGGUGGAAUCCAAUGAGGCCAAACUGGUGGCAUUGGUGAACAAAUUUAUUGGUUAUCUCAAACAGAAUACAUAUUGCUUUCCACAUAGUUUGAGGUGGAUUGUGUCACAGAUGUAUAAAACUCUUUCCUGUGUAGAUAGACUGGAAGUCGGGGAGGUCAGGGCAAUGUGUACUGAUCUCCUGUUGGCUUGCUUCAUUUGUCCUGCAGUUGUCAAUCCAGAACAGUAUGGCAUAAUUUCUGAUGCUCCUAUUAAUGAAGUGGCAAGAUUUAAUCUAAUGCAGGUUGGCCGCCUUCUGCAGCAGUUAGCAAUGACUGGUUCUGAAGAGGGAGAUCCCCGGACAAAAAGCAGCCUUGGAAAAUUUGACAAAAGCUGUGUUGCUGCCUUCCUUGAUGUUGUGAUUGGGGGCCGUGCAGUGGAGACCCCUCCUAUGUCCUCUGUUAAUCUUCUGGAAGGGUUGAGCAGAACUGUAGUUUAUAUAACCUACAGUCAGCUUAUUACUCUGGUAAAUUUUAUGAAGAGUGUGAUGUCUGGAGAUCAACUGAGAGAAGACAGAAUGGCUCUUGACAAUUUAUUGGCAAACCUACCCCAGGCUAAGCCAGGAAAAAGCAGCAGUUUAGAAAUGACUCCUUACAAUACUCCUCAGCUGUCCCCAGCAACUACUCCAGCAAAUAAAAAGAAUCGACUACCUAUAGCAACUCGGAGCAGAAGCCGCACUAAUAUGCUAAUGGACCUACAUAUGGACCAUGAAGGAUCAUCUCAAGAAACCAUCCAGGAGGUCCAACCAGAAGAAGUAUUGGUCAUUUCCUUAGGGACAGGUCCCCAACUUACUCCAGGGAUGAUGUCAGAAAAUGAGGUCCUAAACAUGCAGCUUUCGGAUGGAGGACAAGGAGAUGUCCCUGUUGAUGAAAACAAACUCCACGGUAAACCUGAUAAAACCUUGCGCUUUUCCCUCUGCAGUGAUAAUCUGGAAGGCAUAUCUGAAGGUCCUUCAAAUCGUUCCAACUCAGUGUCCUCUCUAGACCUGGAAGGAGAGUCUGUAUCAGAACUUGGAGCAGGACCUUCUGGGAGUAAUGGAGUUGAAGCUCUACAACUAUUAGAACAUGAACAAGCUACAACACAAGAUAAUCUCGAUGAUAAGCUAAGGAAGUUUGAGAUUCGUGACAUGAUGGGACUAACAGAUGACAGGGACAUAUCAGAAACAGUGAGUGAGACCUGGAGUACAGAUGUCUUGGGAAGUGACUUUGACCCUAACAUUGAUGAAGAUCGCUUGCAAGAAAUUGCAGGUGCAGCCGCAGAGAACAUGUUGGGCAGUUUGCUAUGCCUCCCAGGUUCAGGCUCAGUACUUCUGGACCCCUGCACUGGUUCUACCAUCUCAGAGACGACAAGUGAAGCUUGGAGUGUAGAGGUACUACCAAGUGACUCAGAGGCCCCGGACCUAAAGCAGGAGGAGCGCCUACAAGAGCUGGAGAGCUGUUCUGGACUGGGCAGCACAUCUGAUGAUACGGAUGUCAGGGAGGUCAGUUCCCGCCCCAGCACACCAGGCCUCAGUGUCGUGUCGGGCAUAAGUGCAACCUCUGAGGAUAUUCCUAAUAAGAUUGAAGACCUAAGAUCUGAGUGCAGCUCUGAUUUUGGGGGUAAAGAUUCUGUCACUAGUCCAGACAUGGAUGAAAUAACUCAUGGCGCCCACCAGCUGACCUCUCCUCCUUCUCAGGCAGAAUCUCUGCUCGCUAUGUUCGAUCCCCUGUCUUCACACGAAGGAGCUUCUGCUGUAGUGAGGCCAAAGGUUCAUUAUGCCAGGCCAUCACAUCCACCCCCAGAUCCCCCGAUCCUGGAAGGAGCAGUGGGAGGAAAUGAGGCCAGGUUGCCCAACUUUGGUUCCCACAUGUUAACUCCAGCUGAAAUGGAGGCUUUCAAGCAAAGGCACUCUUACCCUGAGAGACUAGUUCGCAGCAGGAGCUCUGAUAUAGUGUCUUCUGUCCGGAGACCCAUGAGUGACCCCAGCUGGAACCGACGUCCAGGGAAUGAAGACCGAGAACUCCCUCCGGCUGCAGCCAUUGGUGCUACUUCUUUGGUGGCUGCUCCUCACUCAUCAUCAUCAUCCCCGAGUAAGGACUCCUCAAGAGGAGAGAUUGAAGAACGCAAAGAUAGUGAUGACGAGAAGUCAGACAGGAACAGACCUUGGUGGAGAAAACGUUUUGUUUCAGCCAUGCCUAAAGCUCCUAUACCAUUUAGAAAGAAAGAAAAACAAGAAAAAGACAAAGAUGAUCUGGGGCCUGACAGAUUCUCAACACUCACAGAUGACCCCAGCCCUAGGCUCAGUGCACAAGCUCAGGUUGCUGAGGAUAUUCUGGACAAAUACCGGAAUGCCAUUAAACGGACCAGUCCCAGUGAAGGAGCAAUGGCAAACUAUGAAAGUUCAGAGGUCAUGGGGGAUGGUGAAAGUGCACAUGAUUCUCCUCGGGAUGAAACACUACAGAACAUCUCAGCUGAUGAUCUCCCAGACUCUGCGAGCCAAGCAGCCCACCCUCAGGAUUCAGCAUUUUCUUAUAGAGAUGCGAAAAAGAAACUGAGGCUUGCUCUUUGCUCCGCGGACUCUGUUGCCUUCCCAGUGCUAACCCAUUCCACAAGGAACGGAUUACCAGACCAUACAGACCCAGAAGACAAUGAAAUUGUAUGCUUCUUAAAAGUUCAGAUAGCUGAAGCGAUUAAUUUACAAGAUAAGAACUUAAUGGCUCAACUUCAAGAAACAAUGCGCUGUGUAUGCCGUUUUGAUAAUAGGACUUGUAGGAAACUGCUGGCAUCCAUUGCUGAGGAUUACAGGAAAAGAGCCCCAUAUAUUGCUUACCUCACUCGCUGUCGACAAGGACUGCAGACCACUCAGGCUCACCUGGAGAGGCUCUUGCAAAGGGUUUUACGGGACAAAGAGGUAGCCAAUCGGUAUUUUACCACUGUCUGUGUGAGGUUACUACUUGAGAGCAAAGAAAAGAAGAUCAGGGAAUUCAUUCAAGAUUUUCAGAAACUCACAGCAGCGGAUGAUAAAACUGCUCAGGUAGAAGAUUUCCUACAGUUCCUUUAUGGUGCAAUGGCCCAGGAUGUCAUAUGGCAAAAUGCAAGUGAAGAACAACUUCAGGAUGCUCAGCUGGCUAUUGAAAGAAGUGUGAUGAAUCGCAUUUUCAAGCUCGCCUUCUACCCUAAUCAGGAUGGGGAUAUCCUUCGUGACCAGGUUCUUCAUGAACAUAUCCAGAGAUUGUCUAAAGUAGUCACUGCAAAUCACAGAGCUCUUCAGAUCCCAGAGGUUUAUCUUCGGGAGGCACCCUGGCCAUCUGCACAAUCAGAAAUCAGAACAAUAAGUGCUUAUAAAACCCCCCGAGACAAAGUGCAGUGCAUCCUGAGAAUGUGCUCUACAAUUAUGAACCUCCUGAGCUUGGCCAAUGAGGACUCUGUCCCUGGAGCAGAUGACUUUGUUCCUGUGUUGGUGUUUGUGUUGAUAAAGGCAAACCCACCCUGUCUGCUGUCCACUGUGCAGUACAUCAGCAGCUUCUAUGCCAGCUGUCUGUCUGGAGAAGAGUCCUAUUGGUGGAUGCAGUUCACAGCAGCAGUGGAAUUCAUUAAAACCAUUGAUGACCGAAAGUGACCAAGACGAAGGCCCACCAUGGCAGCAGACUGUUAGUCAGGCAAACAGAUCUCUAAGAAAAUGUAGCAGCUGCUUUGAAGGCUGAAGAUUGUUUUUGUAUAAUAUUGUACAGCAUUCAGACAUUUUAAAACAGAUCUUUACUAAAACAGAUUAAUGAGCUAACAAGCAGGUUCUCUUUUCUUUGGGCUCUUUUCCUUUCUGAGUUGCAUAUUUAAUUUUCUUGUCCCCAGGUAGAGAAUAGUACUGCAAAAAGGGACCACAUUUUUCAGGUAUUUUGAAAUAUUAAAAAAAGAACAAAAUCUCUUAAGGAAUUCCUAGACCUCCGUUCAUGGAUACUGCAUUCUUUCCUGUUGUUUUAAAAAGAACAAUACACCUCUUUUAAGAUGCUGUCUUAUUUGCAUCUAAUGGAAGGAAAAUACCAGCUGCACUGAGGGUUAUAAUAGUGGUGCAUUUGUGGCAUUAUCUAUAAAUACACUCACCUAAGUUGAAAAGCUAAGAAGGAAAUGUAAAUAUAAUAUAUAUUUAUAUUUGAUGUAAUAUGGACAUCUUCAGAUUCUAAUAAACAAGGAAUAUUGCUGAUAGUAGGUUGUGACAUACCCUCUUGUGAAAUCGUUUCCUUGACAAAAUUUAAGCUGAGCUUAAAAGCAAAAAACACAGAAAUAUUUAUUAAAAUGUAAUACAGGUUGUUGAACUCUAGGUGUAGAGUUUGAUGAAGAGUCUAGAAAUCCCUAAGGAGGUCAUGUAGGCACAGCUCACCAUGGAAGCACGUGAACCUGCACUCCUAGGAGACAGACUCUUUAGUUACCUUUUGUGACAUAAAAAGGAACAGUAGACAUCUAAGGCUUUAAUGUGGUACUUCUUAUCUGAAAUAUUAAGUAUGCUGUAGAAACCCCAUACAGAGCUCCUUACAAACCUUUAAUUGUAAUAUAUUUUUGAUGAUUAUUCACAUUGAAUGCACAGACCAGGAAUUCAGUGAAUGUCAUUUUUUUUAAAACUAAUUUGUAUUGUCUGCUCGAGUGAUACAAGUUUUACUAGUGAUAAACUAUUUUAAUCAACCAUACUAUUCUUAUGGAAAAAAAAUCUAUUUUGGCAGGUUUCUGUGCCUUUAUUUCCCUACAUGUACUGAAAAAAAGUAAUGUGUUUCAGUAGUUUGGUUUGAAUUGUGUAUUAAUAAUUAAUCAGGAAUGGGCUUUGGUGUCUGAGCAACUGGUCCAGGAGGUACACCAAAGCUUCAAGCACAAGUCUUGUACAUAGGCCAUCACCAACUGGUUCCGCUUUGUAUGUUUCCUAAACACAUGUAGCUUCUUUUAUAACAAAUGCAGUCCCAUUGAGUCCCUCAUUGCUGGCAGCAAUUCUAGGCAUUUUUUAAAGGGAACUGUGACAACCAGCCUUCAGCAGGUGGAUAUGGAAUCUGUCUGCUCCCUUCCUGAGAUCUCAUAUCUCCUAAUGCCAAAAGAAGCUGGAUUUUUUUCAUGCCUCUACUUCUCACUCAUUUAUUUUAAAACAUCCAAAUAAUAAGUUACAUAGGAGUGUGGGAUGUGGGUUCUGUCUUUUAGGGAAAGAUCAAAAUUAAAUUAGUACUACAAGAUGUCCUUUUGAAUGUUAGGUUAAGAAAUGCACAUACAGGGCUGGGAAGUCACUCAGUGGUAGAAUGCUUGCUUGGCAUGCUCAGGGCCCUGUGUUCAAAUUCCAGCACCACACACAAAAUAACAGGUUAAUUUGGUGGCUGGUGUUGUGGCUUAGUGGCACAGUGCCUGCCUAAUGUGUGUUAAGACCCUGGUUCCAAUCUCCAACACUGCAAAAGAAAAAAAAAAAAAAUACAUGUACAAAGUCAUGUGCUUCUUGGGCUGUCACUCACUGUCAACCCUGCCUGAGUAUUAGAAGUCACAUCCUGUCAUAAGAACAUUGUAAGACAAACAGUGUGAUGUGACUUCUGAGACCUAGGUGGGGGUCCAUUUACUUCAGCAUUUGAGUAAAUGUUAAGUCAACUGAAGACUUUGAAGAAUUGGAAAUCAUUGUUACGGGACUUAACUCAUAAAUCAGUGAAAGAUUUUUUUUCCUCUACUAUGGUAGCUAAAUAUAUUCCAUGUUAUCACUGUGGAAAUAAAUAUGAAGAUGUGGAUAUCGCA